CCACUCCACCCCACGAGCCAUGAUACCUCAACACCCCUCCCGCCCAUCUGGGCUGGCUUCUGCCCUUUGCGUCGCGCCCGAGUUCGAGUCCAAGAAUGCUGCAUUCUUCUUUUAUAGCCCCAACGGAGGGGUCCCAAUCAUUUGAGCCCCCGAUCUCCCCCUCGGCGUCGACGCUUGUCCGUGUACAGAUUCGACCCGAUUCGCCCUCCAACUUCCAGAAAGCAAACAGAAAACGGAAAAUUGAAGAAGAGAAGAUCGUUAAAGAAGAAGAAUUCCAUUAGUUCCACACCAUAUACCCAUACCCGCCGCCAACAUGUUGUUCGAAGAUCUCGCAACCGAGCUCGUUUCCCACGUCUUCCUUUCCUGCUCUAGCAUCGAGGACGCCCUCGCCCUGUCCUCCACCUGCCACCGCUUCCGUCAGAUAUACUCGUCCUCCCAGAAGCUCACGAUCCUCGAGCACGCUGCCGAGACCCAAUUCGGCCCCCUCAAGGACCUCACUCAGCUCCUCACCCACAACGCCAGCCAGCCUGCCCACAUUCCGCGAUCCGUUCCGUUCUCCAUAGCCCUUCUCAAGCAGGUUGCACACUCUGGUCGUGUCGCAGAGAAGUGGUGCGACAUCUAUCCCUUCAAGAAGUGGAAGUCGAACUUCGAGUACCGCCGCCUCCUAACUACCGAUGAGCGCUAUCGCGUCCGCCGCGCGCUCUACCGCCUGUGGCUUUACACGCAUGCUUUCCACAACCGCACGUUUCCCCGCGAAACGCGUGUGAUGAAGCUCACUAUCCAGAAGCGCGCGGGGCUGCUGCACAAUUGGAGCACGGCCGAGCUCGCUGAGAUGGCCGACGUGCAUGCCGUGCUGCGCGAGGUCAUCCACAGCAACGUGUGCCCGUCCAACGGGACUAUCGCGCGCAAAUUCAAGAAGCGCUUCCCUGAGAACGAGAGCCAGCAGCUGCUCUUCAACAUCCACCUCAACUACCCGCCGCCUAAUAAUGCGUCCAGCCUCUUUCAGUCUCAGUACCACUCCUCGCCGAACGUGCUUUCGAACCAUUUCCACUCCACAUCGGCAUUUAACUCCCGCUAUGGGUUGUCCAAGUUCAUGCCGACGCCGCACCACGAGCCUGGUGCCGAGGGCUGGGGCGAUGACAUCCCGCACUACUAUGUUGUCGAGGACAUGCUGAAGCUGGACCCGGAGCAGAUAAUGUGGCUGAAAGAGAACGCGCCACUCAAGGGGCAGGUCGAGAUGUUUGUGAAGCGGCUCGGGGACUGGUUCGAAAACAACGGCGAGACGUGGGGUCAGACUCUAGAAUGGGUGCUGGAGGAGAGGGGAGAAGAUGUCGGAGAGAUUCUUGGUGCGGUCGCGGAUGGGGAAUUGGGGAUUGCGAUUUUCGAGGAUUAGUUGCGGGAUUGUUGGUCAGGUUUGACGUUCACGAUUCAGGUUGCUGCUGGGUUUAAUAUGGUAGUAGAUGUUUCUCGGCUGUGGUAAUGCAAGGGUUGUCUUUGAGAGUUGAGAACAAUACUAAGUGCCACGUGCUGCUCGUGCUUACUUGUCUAUUUGGAAUGGAACGCAUGCGAUCGCAUAUCCUAAAGAGUAC